GAACUGCAAGUAUUUGCCCUCCUCGGUAGGAGCUGCACAGGGGGAUAAUAAUUCCUCGGACAAUUUUCUUACGAGUCAACAGCACCGGGGCCCUUUAGACCCUGCCACGACGGCCCGGUUGCUGCGGUGGAGCGAAAGUGAAUACUACUACGCCGUAGCGGAGGAAGAGGCCGUGAUUCCCCCCAAGUCGUGCGUCAGCUCGCCAAAUAUACCGUGGAAGUAUCUGAACGAGCACGAUUCUGGCGCAGGAAGCUUUGCAGCUGGUGGAAUAAAUCAGGCUCGUCCCGAAGAACAAUUUCAAUUAGGGACGAGUGUCGCCAAUUUGGAAAAUGAUAAAUCCGUCACGACCGACAUCAACAACUUCCACCUCACUGUAGUCAGCCCCGUGCUGGUUUUCCUGAAACAGCAGAUCACGAAGAACCUGGUCCCCUACUCGGAACAGUAUUCCACGUCCCUGCUCCGGUUCACGAAACAUAGCACCGCUGUGCAGAACCGGUUUGGCACCACGUCGCCGGAUAUCAAAUGUAAAAAUGUCUGGGUCUGGAAGAGUCAUGCUGAUUUUGCAUGACGCAGAAGGUCUGGCAUGGAAGCUCUAGCAUUACAGGUUUCGAGAAGCUUCCGCAAUGCCGAAUCCGCAUGACAAAUCCCCCACUUUGGUGACAGAAAUUGGGCAGCUUUUGCUACCCAUGCAUGAGAUAUUUUUCUGUGUUCUGAAAUGUGCAUCACAAGUUCGGAUUCUUCCAGACCCAGACAUUUUUACAUUUGAUACCGGAUGAUCUCGAUCAGGAAGUUCGCAAGGGGCAAAUUUUUGUGUUCGGCAGCAACAAAUUUGGGCAGCUGGGGGUCGGCUGCGGGCCGGACCAAGACGUCGAG